AUGAAAAGCUUGUCUUUGCUAGUGCUCACAUUCAUUUGCACAAUUGUACAUUGUGGUCUAACAAAUGACCAAUUACUCAAAACAGUUCAAAAUUCAAAACACAAAUUAUUAACAUUGAAUGAUGAAAAUUAUGAAAGUAUCUUAAAUGGACCAAGAGAUUAUCAUGUCGUGGCUCUUUUAACUUCGAACUCCCCUCAAAUCAACUGUGUCUUGUGUCAUCAAAUCUCCCCAGAAUUGGAAAUUGUUGCUGAUUCAUGGGUCAAGGAUCAUCCAAAGGGAAUUAAACUUGAAGAGGAUGAAGAGGAAACAACUGAAACUAAAGAUAAGAAAACGCAAGCUAAAAACAUCUACUUCUUCAAAGCAGAAUUUGCCGAAUCAAAAAAAUUGUUUUCCUUAUUUGAGUUAAACACUAUUCCUAAAAUUUUCCAUUUCAAACCUACUAAAGCUUUAGGUCCCAAGAACUUCUUGCGUGAAAAACAAGAAUAUCAAUUCUUCCAAGGUGAUCACAAGACUUUGAUGCUCAAUUGGGUUCAAGAUGUAACCGGACAAAAAAUCACCUUGUACGUCCCCAUAGACAACACCAAAUUGAUAAUCCAUGCCAUUAUUGGGUUUGUCUCCGUGUUUUUAUUGAAAAGAUAUCGUAAAUAUGUCGGUAAAGCCCUCACUUCAAAACUUUUAUGGUGUAUCGUUUCAUUGAUCUCCGUGUUAUUGUUCACUACUGGAUACAUGUUUAAUCAAAUUAGAGGAAGCCCCUAUGUACUCGAACAUGCUGACGGUAGAACUGAUUAUUUUGCUCCAGGACAACAAACUCAAUUUGGUAUUGAAACUCAAAUCAUGUCUUUUGUUUAUGGAGUUUUGAGUAUUUUGGUGAUAAUUUUGAUUAAACGAGCACCCGAAAUUAAAAAUGAUUCCAUUUCAUUAAUCUUGGUAUCAGUUGUGAGUUUAUUGAUCUUUGUUUUGUUUAGUUUGCUUUUGUCGAUCUUUGGGUUGAAAGGAAUGGGAUUCCCAUAUAGAUUUAUUAGAUUUUUUUAA